AUGGCUACCAAUGGCUGGUGUGGUUUAGGCCCUUUGCUGUUUCGUAAGAAGUCUUAUAACCUCGAGACAAUGAAGAGCCCUUCUUAUGUGUUUCCGAAGACGUACACAAAUAAAUCAAAGCUAUCUAGACUUGCUAAAAGUAGGAAGUCAUCGAAGCGCAAAGACAAUUUUUCUCAAGUGAUGGAGCUCCGCAGGAAAAUCUUGAUUCUUAGAGACAUCAUCGACUUGCCUCCUUUACAACUCUCUUCUUCUAUAAAUGAGCUGGUGGUCGGAACCAUGGAAGACCUUCAAAAGCUCUACCCCGAACUCAUAUCGGACAUCCAAUAUUCCGAAAUGAAUGCCACACGUAUCGAACAGAGUCUCUCCUACUUCUGCACUGCGCUGAAAUCGAUCGGAGAAUCUUGGAUGCUGAACCAUGAUUGGAAGGACAAACCUAAAUAUAAUUUGCCAUCAUACAAGGAAAACUCGAGCUUCACUGAAAUUGUUGAAUCCGUGUUGGCUAUUAUUGAUUGCAUCAUUAAUAUGGCAAACGAAAGGUUUGAUAUGAUGGACGAAUAUGUUAACUCGAAGAGCUCCUCGUAUUCACGAACUAGUUCCUUUGGUAAGAGCUCGAUGUCAACAGAUUCCUGCUCUGAAACCAAUAGCCCUUGCUGUUCUUCACCUGAAACUCCCACAUCCGUUCUUGCAAAUUUUCGCAACAGCGAAAGAAAGUUAUCUGGAAUGGAGAAAGUGUCGUGUAAUUCUCCCAUUUUGUGGUCUCUUAGAGUGAAAUCUAUGGAAAUGUUGAAUCCCUUUGAUGUCAAGCGAGUGUUGCUCCCCACGUUGUCUCACUGUGGUGUUAAUGUCCGCCCUGCCCCAAAGGGACAAGCUCAGCUCAGCUCUGAAAAGACUGUUGCUGCCGAUGGAGGUGAAGCUAGCCAAAAGGGUAGUCCUGAGAGAGCUAAUGAUGUUGAUUUUGAAGAACUUGCUGCAUCAAAACUGUCACCACCGGGACCUCCUCUGCCNGAAGGUUCCAAUGCAACAAUGAAGAGCCCUUCUUAUGUGUUUCCGAAGACGUACACAAAUAAAUCAAAGCUAUCUAGACUUGCUAAAAGUAGGAAGUCAUCGAAGCGCAAAGACAAUUUUUCUCAAGUGAUGGAGCUCCGCAGGAAAAUCUUGAUUCUUAGAGACAUCAUCGACUUGCCUCCUUUACAACUCUCUUCUUCUAUAAAUGAGCUGGUGGUCGGAACCAUGGAAGACCUUCAAAAGCUCUACCCCGAACUCAUAUCGGACAUCCAAUAUUCCGAAAUGAAUGCCACACGUAUCGAACAGAGUCUCUCCUACUUCUGCACUGCGCUGAAAUCGAUCGGAGAAUCUUGGAUGCUGAACCAUGAUUGGAAGGACAAACCUAAAUAUAAUUUGCCAUCAUACAAGGAAAACUCGAGCUUCACUGAAAUUGUUGAAUCCGUGUUGGCUAUUAUUGAUUGCAUCAUUAAUAUGGCAAACGAAAGGUUUGAUAUGAUGGACGAAUAUGUUAACUCGAAGAGCUCCUCGUAUUCACGAACUAGUUCCUUUGGUAAGAGCUCGAUGUCAACAGAUUCCUGCUCUGAAACCAAUAGCCCUUGCUGUUCUUCACCUGAAACUCCCACAUCCGUUCUUGCAAAUUUUCGCAACAGCGAAAGAAAGUUAUCUGGAAUGGAGAAAGUGUCGUGUAAUUCUCCCAUUUUGUGGUCUCUUAGAGUGAAAUCUAUGGAAAUGUUGAAUCCCUUUGAUGUCAAGCGAGUGUUGCUCCCCACGUUGUCUCACUGUGGUGUUAAUGUCCGCCCUGCCCCAAAGGGACAAGCUCAGCUCAGCUCUGAAAAGACUGUUGCUGCCGAUGGAGGUGAAGCUAGCCAAAAGGGUAGUCCUGAGAGAGCUAAUGAUGUUGAUUUUGAAGAACUUGCUGCAUCAAAACUGUCACCACCGGGACCUCCUCUGCCUCCUCCACCGCCACCACCUUCACCACCACCACCACCACCACCACCAAUGGUGCAACAAAAUGCAGUAUUGGCUCAUUCUUUACAACUACCUCCACCACCACCACUGCCUCGGAUCAAGGUACUGCCUGCUGCAGCCGUGCCUAUUGCACCUAUUGCGCCUGCGCCGCCUACACCACUGUCAAAGGUAAUAAAAAAGGCGAUUAAAGUCGCAGUACAACCACCACCACCACCACCACCACCACCACCACCACCACCACCAUCAAACCUUGUACCGUCACCUCCUCCAAUACCUCAAGGCAAUGGCUUUACUCCACCGCCACCUCCUCCAGGUGGGGCAAUUCGAUCAUUGCGCCCCAAGAAAGCCACUACUAAACUGAAGAGAUCCCAUCAAUUGGGAAGUCUGUACCGGAAACUCAAAGGGAAGGUGGAAGGAUCCAAUCAAAAUCUUACAUCCUUUAAUGGAAGAAAAGGCGGCGUUGGGAGCAGCUCCGGUGGAAAACAGGGGAUGGCUGAUGCCUUGGCAGAGAUGACAAAAAGAUCAGCCUACUUUCAGCAAAUUGAAGAAGACGUUAAAAAACACGCAAUGCCAAUCACAGAGCUUAUAACUUCCAUUUCAGCUUUCCAGUCACCGGACAUGAACGAGCUCCUCAUUUUCCUCAAGAAAGUGGAAUCUGUAUUGGAGAAUUUAACCGAUGAAUCACAGGUUCUAGCAAGAUUUGAAGGAUUUCCCACAAAAAAGUUGGAAGCUUUAAGGACUGCAGCAGCGUUAUACUUAAAGUUAGAUGCAAUGCUCUCUCAAUUACAGAAUUGGAACAUUGUUUCUCCCAUGGGACAACUUCUGGACCGAGUUGAAAGCUACUUCAACAAGAUCAAAGGAGAAGUCGAUGCACUCGAGCGAACGAAGGACGACGAAUCAAAGAGAUUCCAGAGUCACCAUAUUCAUUUUGAUUUCAACGUGUUAAUACGGAUCAAGGAAUCAAUGGUGGACGUGUCUUCCAGCUGCAUGGAAUUAGCUCUAAAGGAAAAGAGAGAGUUGAAGCAGGCAGCACGAAACGGAGUCCGAUCCGAAAAUUCAAACAAGGGAUGUCCUAAGAUGCUAUGGAGGGCAUUUCAAUUGGCAUACCGAGUUUACACAUUCGCCGGUGGACACGACGAACGCGCCGAUAGGCUGACCCGAGAAUUGGCUCUAGAAAUAGAGAGUGAAUCUCAGGACCUAUGA